AUUAAAGCUAUUUCAGAAAUUUUCAGAAAAUUAACUUUAUAUUGUAAUAAAAUUCAAAAUUUAAUUAUACAUUCAGCUAUUGAUCAAGCAUUUUUUGAACAUAUUAAUUUUGUUCGCAAGGUAACCUCUGGAAUAAUUUUAAAUCAACAAAAUCUUCAAUCUGUUAGUUUCUUUGAAGAAUGGCGAGAUGAGAAUGGAUCUGAUACUUUUUUUUCUUCAUUAACUAAAUAUCAAAAAACAAAAAAUUCUUUGAGAUCAUUAAAAUUUCCAUAUUUUAGUGAUAUGGAAGGAUUAUUACCUUUUCUUGCCAUUCAUCAUUCGUUGGAAACUUUGGAAUUUACAAAUUUUUUUAGUGAUUAUGAUGUCGUAGAAUUUUGUACAUCUAAAAAGAAUAAUAUCGCUUCAAUUCAUAUCAAGAAUUUAAAAUUUUAUCGAAUUAAAUUCGAUAAAUUAUACAAUAAGAAGAAUUACA